AUGACUUCUGAUCAAACGGGCUCACGGGUUGCCGCCGUAAUCGCUUGCUACAUUGUUCCCAUACCGCUGGAAAUCAUUGCUACCAGCUUGCGCAUCUACGCGAAGCAGCGCCAGGCCCAGGGCGGGCUCGACAGAUUUACAAUAGACGACUUCUUUAUUGUCUUUGCUACGAUCUGCGCAGUAAGCGAAUGUUGCGUGGGCCUGGCUUACGGACCUCCUCAUGGCUUUGGAAAACAUAUUGAUCAGGUUUCCGCGCACGAUUUUGAAACCUUUGAAGUGGGCAACUACAUAUUCAGCCACUUCUACAACGUAACUCUAGGAAUGAUCAAACUUUCAAUCCUGACUUUCUACUACCGCGUGUUUGUCACGCCCGUCUUCCGAAGAAUCGUCCUAGCGACCAUAACCUUCAUCGCGUUAUGGGUUCUGACCAUCACCAUUGUUUUGGCUCUUGAAUGCCGGCCGAUCGCUAAAUUCUGGAAUCCUACUACACCCGGCAAAUGCUUCAAUCUGGUUGCUUUUAGCUACUUUACCAACAUUUCGAACCUGGUUACCGAUCUUUGGAUCUUCUUGCUUCCGAUUCCGGUCAUCUGGCGUCUGCAUAUUACCAAUCAUCAAAGGCUUGGUCUCUGCGGCGUCUUCCUGAUCGGUCUAGGGACCUGCAUCAUCAGCUCCGUCCGAAUUUCAGUGGUAGUAGCGCAAGGCUCCACCGACUUCACUUGGGUCGGCGUCCCCCUAGGAAUCAUGUCGGUGUUCGAACCACUAGGCGGUAUACUAAGCGCCAACCUGCCAAUCACCUACGUCCUGUUCGCCAACUCCUUCCGCAAGGUGAGAAACACGAUUUCCGGCACCCUCUCUGGCCAUCUUAAACCUCGAGGACCGCUGUCGCAAAGCUCGAACAAUAGAUUUGGGAGAGGGCAGGAUGUGGAGGAUCGGUGGAUUCAGCUUGAUCCGCAGACGGACUGGUCUACCGAGAGCAAGCCACUGGCUUGUGCUACACGGGAAACGGAGGGUAAAUAA